GAUGAGGCUUUUUAAUGGGCACCAACACCAACGCUCCGACCGUUUACAACAUUGUAGAUUGCCUAUCCCAUUUGCGCCUAACCUGCGGCCGUCGCCCGUCCGCGCAAUAAAGUGCCGUACAACUACGUCCGUCCUGCUGGCCAUCAAUGCGGAGAUGGUCCGCUUGGUGGCGCAUGCUGAUGGCCCGAAAAUCGCCAGUUAGGGGUCGCGCAGCGUAACUCGGUGAGAGAUAUCCCCAAAUCCACGGCAGUGGAUUUGUCAAAUCAGCCUAAACAUUAUCGUAUACCGGCUUUAACGGAGUUGAGGCCACAAUCGCAGCCAGCAUGAUUGCAAUGGACAAUGGCCCAAUCCGCGAAUGAGCUCAGGGUCCCAGCACGCCACGCAGAUAAAGUGACGUGAAGACGCCAUAUCUCCACGGUAUCUAGAAAUCUCGACGGAAUCAUCGCGGGGCUUUCCCGGCCCGUUGGGCCAUUGAACUGCUUUACAUAUAUAAGGGGACCAGCCUGAAUUGAGCUGCCAACGCAAAAUCUAGGGUUCUCAUCAUCGUCCCAAGCCAUAUUGUCGCCAUCCGUUUUUGAUAUUACUAUUCCACCCGCGCAUCAAACAUGAGGGUCCUUCUCACAGGUGGUUCUGGCUUUAUCGCCGCCCACAUCGUGGAUGAGCUUGUGAGGCGAGGCCACAGUGUCGUUUUCACCGUCCGGUCGGACGAAAAGGGGCAGAAAAUCCUGCAGAAUCAUUCUGGCACUCCCUCUAGCCAACUCAGCUAUGUCAUUGUGAAGGAUAUUUCCGAGGAGGGGGCCUUUGACGAGGCUGUCAAGUCUGAUCCGCCCUUUGAGGCUGUCCUGCAUACCGCAUCGCCAUUCCAUUUCAAUGUUACCGACCCCAAGAAGGAUCUGAUCGAUCCCGCCGUGAACGGCACGACGAGUAUCUUGAAAGCUGUCAAGAAGUUCGCUCCGACCGUUAAGAGGAUUGUUAUCACCUCAUCAUUUGCUGCAAUCCUCAACUUGAACAAACAUGAAAAGGUUUACUCAGAAGCCAGUUGGAACCCGAUUACUGAAGAAGAAGCCGUGAACAGCCCCACCGACGCGUACCGGGCGAGCAAAACCUUUGCUGAGAAGGCGGCUUGGGAGUUUGUGGAGAAGGAGAAGCCGAACUUUGACAUCGCCACGAUCAACCCACCUCUGGUGUUUGGUCCUGUCGUUCACUACCUGAACUCGCUUGAUGCCAUCAAUACCUCGAAUGCGCGCAUCCGAGAUAUGAUUCAGGGAAAAUUCAAAGACGGGCUCCCACCAUCAGGCGUCUACCUGUGGGUGGACGUACGGGACGUCGCCCUUGCACACGUCAAAGCCAUGGAGACACCAGCAGCUGGCGGAAAGCGGUUCUUCGUCACUGCCGGGUACAUGACCAACGGCGAGAUCGCCCAGAUCAUCAAAGAUAAAUUCCCACAGUUUGCGGACAAGCUUCCUGAAAAGUUUGAUACCAAAUUGCCCGAGGACGUGUACGGCUAUGACAACUCGCGCAGCAAGGAGGUGCUGGGACUGGAAUAUCGAAAGCUGGAGGAGACCAUUGUGGACACUGUCAACUCGCUACUUGCUGUUGGCGCAUAAAAUUUUCAUAAAUAGAAUACAGAUCAAUAGGGCUAGCACUGGUCAUACCAAAGACAACUUUGACCACCAACUCGUCUUAUACUCCCUUGAUCACCAUUGAUACCUCGUCAACUGCCAGCAGACUCAACAUUUACUGCAACUACC